AUGGAAUCAAUAGCAAAGCACAGUUUCGUUACGGUAAUAUCGUGUAUUCUAGAGAGUGUUACGAUACAGCAAGACAAUGUUGCUUAUCUUUGUUUUGUGAACACUAGUUCUCUGCGACUGCCGCAAUCACACCGUUUACUGCGUUGUGUAAACCGAAAAUUUCAAUUCUUAUUGGCCAGAAUACUCAAGUAUUCGAACUGUAGCAUUGAGUGUUUGGUUUUAGCGUUGAUCUAUAUUGAUCGACUGAUUCAGAGUGGUAGUAUACCCGUGAACUCUCUCACAAUUCAUCGCAUUUUGAUAACAAGUAUUCUGAUCGCUAUCAAAUUUUUCGAUGAUACUUUCUGUACAAACAGUUACUACGCUCGAAUAGGAGGGAUUCAAACGAAGGAAAUUAACAAUUUGGAAAUGGAAUUCUUAAAGGGAGUUAAUUUCUCCCUUCUUGUAUCUUGCGCAGACUACCACAAGUACCACAACGAGCUCUAUCUUCACGCUCGCAACGGUCUUUGUCCCCUUUGCUGUAGCAUUCGGUGA